GACAGACCCGGAGUUGCACUGAAAGACACUGCGCCUAACAGGUCUCGGAUGUUAGCCUUUCUUCUGAGCCGUUGACAACAUCCCAUCUAGCCAGGUUUCACUAGGAGGCUGUCCCUCCUUGAAUUUCGGUAUUCCUCGGUACUCAUCUUGACGUCAACCCCUUGAGAUUUGGAGAGAGGAGUUUUUACAUCCAGCUUGACUUCAAGUCCCUGACCACCUGAUCAGCCAGAAGGAGAGACCCCACCCUGUGCCCAUUCUUCCCUGCUGCUAGCUAGCACCAGCAUGGCAGACAGUCGAAAGCCAGAGGAUGGUGCCCCCCAGUGGGACCCAUCAGGGGGGCAGGAGGCCGCCGGCAACCAUGGAGCCAAUGGCUACUCUGCCUACAGGACCUGCCAGCCUGGUGGGACCCAAAUGGCCACAGGCCCCUACUCCACCCGAGAGAAUGGCUUCAAUGGGGAGCUCAGUGGGGCCCCCGCUAUAACCGCAGAGCAAGUGUCAGCGCGGAUUGUGCAGGAAGUGACGGCGGAGGCAGUGGCGGUACUGAAGGGAGAGCAGGAGACUCAAAGGCUGCCAUCAGUUGAAGACACCACAAAUUUGCCCCCCUCACCUCCCCCCUCACCUGCUGCCGAGCACUUUGGUCCUCUGGAACAAGAUGUAGGGGAUGAGGAGGAGGCGGGCCCUCUCCGCCGUUUCCAAAAUUCUCGGGAGAGGUGCAAGUUCCUCGCCCCCUCCAUCUCAGUUUCCGUGCCCGAGGACGACCCCUACCACUCCGACGACGAGUACUAUGAGCACCCAUUGUUCAGCCCUGAGUGGACGCACUCGGGCUCCCGCCCCACAGGGCAGACUGUGGCCUUUAGACAGAUCGAAGAAGAGACCAUGGAGGCUCUUACAGCUGAAUACGAGGAGGAGGUGGAAGAUGAGGAGGAAGAGGAGGAGAGUGCAGCAGAGUCCGAAGCAGCUCUUGAUGAGCAGCAGUGGAGCGGGGAAGAGCCUGAGCUGGACAGCCCCCAAGCUGAGCCUUUAGAGCAGGCAGAGGCCAUAGACAAGGCCCAGGAUCUAGACCUGGAGCCGGGAGAAGCAGCUAGUGCUGCUACAGACAGUUCUGUGGACAAAGAUGAGGAGGAAGCAGGGGGGUGGGAGAGCCCUGAGACAGCUUUAAAGAUGGACUCAGACAAGCAGGGAAGCGAGAAAAGUGGUUCCAUGAGCCCGGACAGCAUUGGGUCGGAGAAACGUCCAGAGGAGUUUUUUGAGCCCCAGAUGCAAGGGUUCUUUGCUGGGGAACGAGUUGUACCAGAGAGCCCCACCAUGGAUAUGCCAUCCUUUGUACCUCCAAAUGUUCAAAACCAAGCCAAAGAAUCUGCCAGCUCACUCACACUUCAGCCUACAUAUGGCGAGCCAAUCACAGUGUCAGAGAAACAGCCGUCAGUGGAAGUGGUGGAGAUCAUCAGCAUCGGUGCUUCCUCAGAUUUCUCAUCACUGGGAGACAAAAGUCAGGUAGAAGUCUCAACGAGGGACUCUGCAGACAGAUCUGGCAUGUCAGCAUAUUUUGAAACAUCAACUGUGGAAGUUGAGGAGUCUUCCCAAUGUAAGGCCGAGGGUUAUUACGAACUGAGCAGAUCUGGUGAAGAGAAGAGUGCAGUUGACGACAGGCCCCCGGAGAUCAGCUACAGCACACUAGCUGAAGCUCAGGAUAAACCGGAAACUAAGGAACGUACAUCAGAAGACAGUAGAUUGUUCACAGUUCCCGACAGGAGUAAUGAAUGCAGGCUAUCCCCUGGUAAACUGGCCUUAGAGCAGAGGAGUUACUCACUUAAUAUUACCAUUGGAGCAACCGAUCCGAGCGGCCGGGGCAAACCUAGGAACUUCUCUCCACUGGCCACAGACAUCAUGUCCUACACUAGUGGAAGUCUAGAUGAGGCAGCAGACUACCUCCCAGUCACUACACCCUCUGUGGAUAAGCCUCCACCCUUGCCUCCACUGAUAUUGGAAACUGCGGCUUCCAUCACUUCAGAUUCUUCAUCUCCUCCAAGGACCAGAGAACCAGUUUCAGUACCCAGCCCUGAACUGGAGUCCCCAGAAUCACCACAGCCCCUUAAGAGCAACUUUAAAAAUGGCGCUGUCAUGUCGCAAGACUUGCCUGAGAUGCUGGAUCUCGCUGGUACCCGUUCCCGGCUGGCAUCAGAAAACACUGAACCAGAUAUCACCAGGAGAAAGUCAAUUCAAGCUGAUUUUCAAGCCUUUGCCGAUGAUCCACUAGCAAGCAUGGUUUCAGGAGAACUAAGUCCUAGUGCCAGAAAGAGUGAAAGCCAGCUAGAAGAAAUGGGCUAUUGUGUGUUCAGUGAAUAUUCAGGUCCAAUGCCAUCACCUGCAGAUCUGUUCGGCCCUACAAGCGUUUCUGCACAGGCUUUUACCCACUCUGACCUUGAGGAAAAAGUGGCUGCGCAAGCUAGGAAGUUAGCAGUCAGAGACACGUCUAUGGAGGACAUAUGGAUGGCUGAUGUCACUAAAGAGAAAGACCACAAGCAAGUAGAAAGAAAACAUUCUGCUGAAGAAAAGGGAAAAGAGGUUGCAGAUGAACAAUCCAAAAAAUAUUUAAGCGACACACCACCGGCUCAGCCAAGUGAGUCCUUUGUGACACCAACAGUCACUGUUACUUUAGAAGAAGGCGGGAGGGCGGGGAGUGAGACCGGACGACAAGCCAGUGGCGAGGGCUCAGCCUCAGAAACCGAGAUUGCAGACUAUGAGAGGCAGAUACGUAAAUUAGAAAUGGAGGACAGGCCCCUUAGUAUGGAGGAGGAAAGGGAACUGCAGGAGCUUCGAGAGAAAGUAAAGCUGGUCCACCAGGAAGCCUACGAGGAAGUGGAUGCAGAAGAUGUGUACCAGCUGACUGGCGUGGCAAAGGACCGGAUUGCUAGGCCUGUAAAAACAUCACCUGCUUCGUCUGUUGAUAGCAACAUUGAUGAUGACAAGCUGCUCUCUCCAGUGCUUUCACCAUCAAAACUGAAACAGAGAGAAGUGUAUGGGUCCCCUAAAAGAACAGCUUCACCUGUGUUAGGAAUAAACAAGGAGAAAGAGGAGUCAGAAAAGAAAGGAGAAAAGGAAGCUGCGGAGAAGAAAAUAGAGAAGGAAUUGAAAGAGAAGAUAGAGAAGGAGAAGAUAGAGAAGGAAUUGAAAGAGAAGAUAGAGAAGGAAAAGAUAGAGAAGGAAUUGAAAGGGAAGAUAGAGAAGGAGAAGAUAGAGAAGGAACUUAAAGGGAAGGAAGAGAGAGAGAAAAUGGUUGCAAUGGACACGCCUGAUGAUAUAUCAAGACAACCAGAGACGCAAGCAGCCAAGCAGAAUGUGGCAGUAGAAGCUGUGGAUGCUAAAAAGGGGAAAAAGGAAGGGGAGGAAGACGAAAUAGAGAAAGUAGCCGCAGGAUCAGCGGUGGCAAAGGAGAUCCCAGAGACUCGUGCUGCCAUCGAAUCAGUGGUCACAGUUGAAGAUGAUUUCAUCACUGUGGUCCAGACCAUCGACGAAGCAGAUGAGCCGGGACACAGCGUUCGUUUCUCUGGUCCACCUGAAACAGGAGCCUCAGAGGAAGAGGAAGAGUCUGUGGAGUUGGCCCAAGAAGCUGACCUGGAGGCGGCAAGUCUAGAGGAAGUAGUAGAUGUUCCUGAGACCCCUGCCUUCCCUCUGAAAGAGGCUCAAAGCAUUGACACCGAUGGACCCACAGAAAGUUAUGAUAGAGAUGAAACCACAAUGGACGACUCCAUCUUGGACAGCUCCUGGAUUGACACACAAGAUGAUGAUGAUAAGAGUAUGGCGACAGAAAAGUUUGAGCCUUUGCCUAAGGCAAGCGCAGACAAAAAGCCUACUGUGGUCAAGGAAAAGCAGACACAACAGAAAAAGGCGGAGAAACAGCCGGUCAAACCAAAGGCCGGACGGGCUAAAGGCCGAAUCUCUACACCAGAACGCAAGCUUGUCCGCAAAGAGCAUAUCUUCGUGCCGAGAGAAGACAACAAGAAGAAAAAAGCUGUGAUAAGGACCGAGUUUACAAAAAAAAUGCAGACACACAGUCAAUCGCCAUCCAAGAGGAAUGUGAUGAAACCAGCCGUCCGCCAGACCCAGCAUCACUCCUGUCCAAGAAGGAGACCCACAGAGGCGCUACCAGACAGUCGUCAGCCUCUGAGUGUUGCCAGACAGUCUCGCAACAGAGCAUCGGAUGGUGGAUCAUGGAGCCCUAAAAAGAGGUCCUCUGUGCCGCGGCAUGCCUCCAUUCUGAGUCACCGUGAACACGAGGAGAGCUCCACCUCCAUCACCAGCUCCGGCUCCAUGGCUCCUCGCAGACCCACAUCAUUUCAAACCGAGAUGAGGGCGGAGCACAGGACAGGACGAGCCCCUAGCAUGACAGAUUCAGUGCGCUCCCGAUCAGCUCGCAGUGGCCACUCUACCCCUCGCACCCCCGGCUCCACAGCCAUCACCCCAGGAACCCCUCCCAGCUACUCAUCGUCCUCAAGGACCCCGCGCUCGCUCAGCCUGAUUUCCGGGGAGAGGAAGAUUGCCGUGGUCCGCACCCCACCCAAGUCCCCUGCCACCACGCCCAAACAGCUCCGCAUCAUCAACCAGCCUGUGCCUGACUUCAAGAACAUCAAGUCCAAGGUUGGCUCCAUAGAGAACAUCAAGUACCAGCCCAAAGGAGGACAGGUUCUCAUCCCCAAUGUUAAACUGGACUAUAGCCAUGUUCAGUCUAGGUGUGGGUCCUUGGACAGGCGGGGCUACUCUGCAAGAGGUGGAAACGUGAUGAUACAGAACAAGAAGAUAGAUCUGAGCCACGUGACCUCCAAGUGUGGCUCACUAGACAACAUCCAUCAUCGGCCAGGGGGCGGUCAUGUGCGUAUAGAGACAGUGAAGUUGGACUUCAAAGACAAAGCCCAAUCCAAGGUGGGUUCCCUGGAUAUUACUCAACACACUCCUGGUGGAACCCAUCUCCCGAUUGAGAGUCAGAAGCUGAUGUUUCGCGACCAAGCCAAGGCCAGGGUGGACCACGGUGCUGACAUCGUGGUCCGGUCGUCGGACCUGUCGGCCGUGGUGUCCCCUCAGCGCCCCCGGGACAGCCAGCUCUCGUCCUCUGGCAGCCUCAACGUGCUGGAGUCUCCGCAGUUAGCCACGCUGGCUGAGGACGUCACUGCGGCUCUGGCCAAGCAGGGUCUGUGAACACUGGGUCUCUGGAUCCCUGCUCUGCAACCCGGGCAUCUCCAUCACGAUCCCUAGAAACUUUUCUGCCCACUCCUGCCACCCUGAAGCCAACUUCAGCUAAACGACAGCCUCUAAACAUCUCAACUUCAACAUCCAUCACUCAACUUUAAGUAGAGACUCGAAUUAGGAGCUACUGUACUUUGGUCUUCUUUAUUUCACAAAUAUUUGCUGUUUCUGAUUCAUUAGGUUGGCCUCUCUCUUUUUGAAUGAUGUUGCAUAGAAUAGUUCAGUCUGAGCACUGGUCCUACAUUAAGUGGGGGGACCAGGUCUUUUGCUUUACUGGUCCUGGAUCAGUGUUUUUAAGAAGCUACAGCCUUUUUUUCUACAUUAAAUAAGAAGUAAUGUGGCCAGCACACCAUGCAGCACGCGUCGUUCUCGCUCAGUUCACGUGCAUGGACGCCAAACCCCCUAACAAACCAAGCAUCCUUACUGCAAGUCAUUCUUGUCCACCAAUAUAUAUAAUAUUUAACAAAUAUAUAUAGAAAAAUGUAUAAAAAUCAAAGGUCUUUGCCAUCCACCUGUCCUAAAACAUUUUAAAAGCAAGUGACAAUAUGGCUAUAAAAUAAACCUGUAAAAUCGCAUUACUGCAAGAACUAGGUCAUGUUAUGACAAGCAUGUAUUGAUUCUAAUAUGAAAAGAGGCUAUUUUGUAACCAAAAAAAUGAUUUUAGUAAGUUAUUUGCUCAAUUAUUGGAUAAAGAUUAAACAAGUUCAUGUUUUGUAGUUAUUAGUUGUUUACGGUGUAAUGCUUGGUGACGAUGUUGGACAGCUGGUUUGGUGUUACUGAGGAAUGCAUCUCAGUCCUGUUGAACAGCAUCACACACUUGUACCUGCUCAGUAGUUAAAUAUAGGUGCCUGUUUAUACAUCAGAAUAUUGGUAAACUCUGGAGCUUAAUCCGCUUUCGACAGCUAAAAUGAUUAGCUGCAGAUGUUGAGCUUGCGUGAAUGAACAGUACAGACAUUUCUACGCAGGCUGAGGUUGCACCAUGAGGAGGAUGACGCUACAAAUGCGACCUGAGACUGAGCAGAAGUUGAAGCCACUCUGAAAUCUGUCUGUGUGUGCGCGUUUGGUGCAGAUCCCAUGCCGUUUUACGACGUACGCUAAUGUAUCUGGAUGUUUUGUUGCAAUACUGUAUGUGAGAGAUGAAAGUGGAAGAAAAAAUAUUUUGAAAAUGUAAAAGACAAUUCAUGAAGAAAGAUAAAGCGACCGGGGGAACUCGUAUCGUGUUACAUCUGUUAGGAUAAAAGUGUUUGGGUGAUCUAGUUUCUUUUUUCAGACACCAUUUGUGGUAUAUCCUGCCUCCUGCCUAAUAUCUGCCCUCACCUGCGACUGUUUGUUUGCUUCUGUGUUUUUUCUGCAUACCCCAUCUCUGUGUGCCCCCUCCCCACCUCCUGCUCCACCCUACAGCAACUGUAAAUGUAUUUAAAAGGUCAAGUAGAUGUACGCAGUUUUUCUCUUGUUGAUAUGACACCAAUUACAAUAAUUAAUGACAAUAAAAAGGAGAAAAAGUGA